GUCUGUGCGUUUGUCUCUCUCGCUCUCUGGUCUUAUUUAUGUUUUUCUGACAGUUCGUAAAAAUGGCGAAGCUGAGCGAGCACGGGAUUCGGCUGAGCUGUAUGAGCCCUUCAUACCUGCACAGCAAUUCAACAAGUCACACCUGGCCUUUCAGUGCAGUUGCGGAACUUAUAGGUAAGGCGAAAUCGCUUGGUUUCCUGAUCAACACCUUUGCCGAGUUCCGCAUUCUGCGGGCGAAUCAGCGGUCGGCCUGCUCCACUCCGCGCGCCGUCAUUGGCGCUCCAGAGCCGGGUGGGGGCGAGCUGUGGCCACGCGAGCGGCCCUCCGCGCGCGCCCCAGCCGACUCGAAGCGCGCGGGGCUGCGGGGCCGAGCCGCGGUCCAGCUGCGCGAGUUUCAUUUCUGGAGCUGCGGCUCGGACACGCUACUAGCAGCCAAAAGGACCAAGUGGGCCGACUCGCCUGCUCUCGUUUGUGACCCGUCUUGUGUUCUUCCACUGUUACCCUGCCAGCCAGAGCCCAUGUGGUCUGCAGCACACCUCUCCCUUAGCGGCCCAAGACUCGCAGAACCCGGCUGCACCGCUACACUCCAUUUCGGCUUCACGGACAAGAGCUCCAGCAAGAGCCACCAGCCCAUUGGGGUUUAUGGCAACGGGUUCAAGUCGGGCUCCAUGCGGCUGGGCAAGGACGCGCUGAUCUUCACGAAGAACGGGGGAUGUCUGAGCGUGGGCUUGCUGUCCCAGACCUACCUGGAGAAGAUCCGGGCGCAGGCCGUCAUCGUGCCCAUCGUCCCCUUUAACCAGCAGAACAAGAACCUGAUUGUGACGGAGGACUCGGCCGCCAGUCUGAACGCCAUCCUCACCCACUCCCUGUUCAGCACCCAGGAGGAGCUGCUGGAGCAGUUUGACACCAUUCCCAGCAAGAAGGGCACCAAGAUCAUCAUCUGGAACAUCCGCAGGAACAAGGAUGGGAAGCCAGAGCUCGACUUCGAGACGGAUAAGUACGAUAUCCGGAUGCCCGAUAUCCGUCCGGAGGAGAUGAGGACAGGAGGGAAGAAGAGAUUUCCAGGACCAGAGAGGACUGAUCAAUCCGUGCCCGAAAUGGACUACUCCCUGAGGGCCUACUGCAGUAUCCUCUACCUGAAGCCACGGACCCAGAUCAUCCUGCGUUCAAGGAAGGUUCAGACCAAGCUGAUCGCCAAGAGCCUGGCCAACAUCGAGAACGAUGUCUACAAGCCCAGCUUUAUCAACAAGAGAGUGAAGAUCACCUUCGGGUUCAACUACAAGAACAAGGACCACUACGGCAUCAUGAUGUACCACAAGAACCGGCUCAUCAAGUCCUACGAGAAAGUGGGGUGUCAGAUUAAGUCCACCAGCCGAGGGUCAGGGGUCGGGGUCAUCGGGGUCAUUGAGUGCAACUUCCUGAAGCCAGCGCACAACAAGCAGGACUUUGAGUACACCAAGGAGUACAGGUAGCUGCCAGCCACUGCUCUUGGUCUNNNGCUGAAUGACUACUGGAGAGAGAAGAAAGAGAAGAAAGCCAAGCAGAAGGCGUUGGCCCGAGCGCAGCGAGAGAAGGAGCAGCAGGAGAGAGAGGAAGAGGAGGAGGAGGAGGAGGAGGAGGAGGAGGUGGAAGGAGAGCAGGAUGAAAGCGAGUGUUACCCGGAAGAGCCCUGGGUGCAAUGUGAAGAGUGUCUGAAGUGGAGGAAGCUACCCUCCUGGGUGCAGCCUGAGACGUUACCCGAGAAGUGGCACUGUGCCCUGCACCCUGACCCCAGGUCACGGAGCUGCUCUGUCCCAGAGGACCCCGAAGAGAGUGAGGAUGAGCUGAUGCCCAGCUACGAGAAAACCUACAAAAAACAAGACCCCGCCUGGGAUCGCAAGCGCAGCAGAUCACUGGAGGAGGGGAAGAACCGGCCAGGCCUGGCCAGGGGCCUGUCUGAGCCAGCCAAUCACUCCUUGGGCAAGCAGGAGGAAAUGGAGCUGGAGGACGAGGUGGCGCUUGACUAUAGCACCCGCAGUGGCGAGGAGGACCACAUGGCAGCCUGCAGCAACAAGAGGAAGCCGGGGCCGGGGUGGAAGGAAAACAGCCCGGAGAAGAAGCUGUGUUCCGGGCUGGAGGGCGAGGUCCGGCCCCCCCGCGGCGGAGCCAAGCAGGAGAGCGAGGAGGACGGGGGGAGGAAGAGAGGGGGGCUCCGGGAGAGCAGGGAGGAAGAGACCGUGCCUGUGGAGGAGCGGGGCACCUCUCCCAACACAGUCGCGGUCAAACAGGAGCACGGCAAGGCGCCCCCCGGAGGGAGGUCCCUGGAACCGCAGUCCUCGCCAACGGGCAUGGCGCUCCCUCUGAGAAAGAAGGAGGCCUGUAAGGCUCCCCUGAUCCCAGAGGAAAACCCGGAGUCCAUGGAUAGGGUGACUCUCUGCCAGAGGGUGGCGCAGCUUGAGAAGGAGGCCGACAGGCUGCGUAGGAUCCUGGGGACGCCCCCUCUGCCCCGAAGCCCCUUAAGGGAAGAGGGUCACCCCAGUACGGAUCAGACAGCAGAGCUGUGCCAACAGCUCAGCCAGGAACGAGAGCUGCUGAGCCAGGGGCUCUCGGAGGCAGCGGAGAAGCUCGUAAGAAUAUCCACGGAGAGGGACAAGUACAAAUUCAAGGUGAGAGUCGGCUCAGCACCGCGGACAGCAGCAGCGUUGGCACAGUUGACAGCUUCACCCUCCCUUUCAUUCUAAAGG